AUGGAGCAGUGGUACUAUGGGACCAAUGGGAGGAGACUUUACAGUCAAUGGACAAAGGUUAAAACCCUUACUAGCUUCCACCACAAUACCACAGGAGACCACACUAGCUCUUGGCGAUCCACCAGAUCCUUAAGGAAGUGCCAUACAGUCAAGCUAAUGACUUUAAACAAAGCGCUGAAUGGGAGGCAACCCAUUGAAG